UUCGUUUCCCCGUAGUAUCCACAAUGAACGGUGUGUUUGUCCAUCAGGGGGCGCUGCUCCUUCCUCUCAGUCAGCGGCUAAUGCUAACGCUAACUAGCUCGCGAUGGCCGGACAGGAGGAUCCCGUGCAAAGGGAAAUUCAUCAAGACUGGGCGAACCGUGAAUAUAUCGAAGUGAUCACCAGCAGCAUUAAGAAAAUAGCCGAUUUCCUCAAUUCCUUCGAUAUGUCCUGCAGGUCCCGUUUAGCCACUUUGAAUGAGAAGCUUACUGCUUUGGAGAGGAGGAUUGAGUACAUUGAAGCCAGAGUCACAAAAGGGGAAACCUUGACUUAGACAUCGUCCUGGGUCGACGCCAAAGUCAAGAUGAUGGCUACGAACACUCACCUCCUGUCUUUUUCAUUUACUUUAAUUACUCAAACUAAAUUUCGAAUGGUUGGCUGUGGUAGAUCAGUUCAUUUCUGUAUGGGACCAUUGUGAUGAAGUCUGUGCUAUAAGCAGAUAUGUGUUUGCCUCAUUUCUUGCCUGAGUAUGGCUGAGGUUAUACUGUAUCUGGUCCUUUAUUUUUUUGAUCUGUCAGGCAAUCUGUUACUGUCUCUGUGGUGCUUGCUCAUGCUAACAGGCCAGUGUCGUAUAUCGUUUGGUUCUGAUCUGCUAUUAAACAACUGUUGAACUCUCCAUGCAAUAUAUUAACGGUCAUGAAAAUAUUGACUGAAAAUACCAUGGAUAAACAGACAAUAUGUCUUGUUUCUUUUAAUGAAUAGCUAAUAAUUGUUUGAUUUUUGAUUUGCCCCCCUGUGUUUUACAAGUCUGUCCUCUUGUUAAAUUACAAAAAUGUGUGUUUGAAAUACAUUGCUGCCUGCUGUACAUUUAUCAUGCAACAAACAUCUGCAUAAAAAAAUGCCAGUCAGAGGUGGAUGG